UGUGUGAACAACGACGCCAACAUUAACACCUCCUUACGCGUGGAUGAGUCUUGCAUCUUGCAUGGCAUGGCAACGGGCAUAGCAAAUUAUAUUGCAUUGCAUUACCGGAAAGGACGCAUUGAGCUAUGAAAACCACCAAGCCGACCGCUGCGUCGGCCAGUGCCAACAAAACGGCAGCACCGUCAUCCUCGUCUUCGACCACCACACCCUCAGCACGCAGCAGAACGAGUGCUACCGCCUCCACCGCCGCCUCUACCACGCGAUCCAGUGCGCGCCCUUCUCUCGGCACGUCCUCCAGCUCCACGUCGACCGCCCGCCGGAGCACUGCCUCGUCGACAACUACCGCACCCUCAUCGUCUGCAACUUCCCGCUCCGCUGCAACGCCAGCAAGGCGAACGACAACUUCUACACCUACAGCCAAGCGGCCUACCAGUAGUUUAGCUACAAGGCCGACUGCCUCAUCCUCGGCCAGCGCCUCUACUUCCCGCUCAUCGACCACGAAGCCUCGCUCCACGCCACUCUCGACCAAGAGUCCGCGCACCUCCACUGUCCCUCCCAGCAGCAGCCCUGCCAGUAGUCGAGCUUCCGUACGGCCUGUGUCGCGCGACACGAUUCCGGAGGAGACCGCGUCCGGCGCGCAGUCCGCCCGUUCGGACGCUCCCACCAAAAGCGACGGAGAGAGUGAGGACCACGUUGGCGUCACAGACGAUGACAAUGCACCAGAGCCAGGGCUGCAGGCUUCUUCGCCUCGCAAGCUCGAAAUUCGCUCCUUGAGAUCGCAGGCUGUCUCUGACGCCGAGGUUGAGCGUCGCCCUGCGAAGCUGCUCGUACGCCAUGCCCGCGCUCAGUCCGAAGAUGUUGGAAGACCAAACACGGCGCCUGUGCCCAAGCUCUCUGAACGUGAGCAAGGAAUGCGAGAGAUGGAGGUUAUGCAAAGCUUUUUGCGCGAGACCGUUGCCCGGGAUGCCCUUUCUGCCGAGAUUAAGGACCUUCAGGCAGAAAUUGGACGCCUAGAGCAGCAGAAUCGGCAGCUCAAAGACAAGUCCACGGCCGAGACCGGGCAGCCCAAGUCUGAUUCCUCCGCACAGCGGGCUGCGCACGAAGCUGAGCUCGAUGCCGUACGCCAGGCUCACAGAGCAGAAAUAGAGUCACAGCGACAGAAAUUAAAUUCCGAGAUCGAGACUUUGCGGACAGACUUGGAGAGCCAUCGACGGCGGUCGUCCCGACUGGAGGGUGUUGAGGUCAAGAUUGAGGCGGUGGAAGAAGCACUACGAGAGAGCAAAGAGCGAGCCUCGCAGAACGAGCAAGAACUACAGCAAGAGCUGAUUGAGAAACUUCAAGACCGCGACUCGCUGGCCAAGGUUGUAGAAGAACUGAAGCAGGAGAUCGAUCGUUGCCAAAUGAAGCUGGACGAGGACAGUCAAGCGCAAGUGCAGAAAGAUGCCGAGGCGCAAACGACGUUGGAGCAGCUUCGCCGAGAACUAGAGGAGGAACGACAGCGCAGUGAAGCAGCCGCAGACAAGGCUGAAAAACUUUCGGCUGAGCUGGCAGAGAAUCAAGAACGCUUUCACAACGAGAUGAAGGAGUUGCAAGAACGGGCAGACCAGCAGACUGAAGAGCUUCGAGCGGCGGCAGCAGAAGCAGAGCAAGCUAGCAAGAGGUUGCGAGAUGAGCUAGCGAUCUUCCGUGCCGACGAUGAGGCAACUGCGGAGCGGCAUGCUUCUGCCCUGGAGAGCUCCGCGAAAACCAUAGAAGCACUGCAAGCCGAUAUGAAGAGUUUAGAGGAGCAGCAUGCAGUACAGCUGAAGGCUCACCUUGAUCGUGUUGGCGAAGCUAGUGCAGAGAAAGAUGAUCUCCAAAGUGAGCUCGAUCAACUCAAAAAGUUGCGUGAGCAUGAUGACGGACAGAGUCGCGAAACAACGGCAAAGCAAGAGGAACUUGUCAAAGGUCUACGCAAGCAGAUAGAGGAGCUGACGGGUUCUGCCGACAGUGGGCGGGACGUUACGGAUCGAUUGCAAUCACAGGUGCUGGAAUUGCAACAGCUAAAUGAGGAUCUCAAGCUACAGCACAAGGAAGAGGUUGGCCGACUGCAGUCCGACAUUCAGCGUCUCAAUACCAGUGUCGAAGAGUCCACCCGUGCUCAAGUUGAGCGAGAACAGCGCAUAGAGCAGCAAGAUAAGGAGUCCACCACGGCUAUGGAGAGUCUGCAGAGCAAGGUUAUUGAGCUGCAGCAACAACUUGAAAACGUCAAAAAUGGCAAUGAGGCGAGCAAGGAAGAGCUGGUAACCGCUAGAUCGCAGCAUGUCGAGGAAUUGCGACUCGCAAAAGAUGCCAUCGAGAAGGAGGCUCGCGCAGAACUUGAGAGCAAAGAGAAGGAGCUCAAUGAAGUGAUUGCGAGUCUGCAAGCCAAACAUGAGGAACAGCAGCACAAUGCUGAUGACGCCAAUAGUAUGGCUACAGCAGAAGUCUCCACACUGAAGGCGACCAUCGAACAAUUGCAGAAUGCAGUGCAAGUCUCGCAGCAUGAUGCGGAGGAUGCACGGAGCGAGCGUAAUCGAUUGGCUCGCCAAGUUAGCGAGCAGGAGAGGCUGGAAACGCAGCUCAAGACGACUGAACAGGAGCUGGCUAAAGCAAAGACUCAAGUUGACGAGCAAGAGGUAUUGCAAACACAGCUCAAGGCGGCUCAGAAUGAGCUGCCUGAGAGUAAGGCUCCGGCUAGCGAGCUAGGAGAGUUGCAGACGCGGCUCAAGACGACUGAAAAUGAACUGUCUGAAACAAAGGCUCAAGCGAACGAGCAAGAGGCGUUGCAGACACGGCUUGAGACGACUGAAAAGGAGUUGGCCGAAAGUAAGGCUCGGGUCAGCGAGCAGGAAUCGUUGGAAACAAAGCUUAGGGCAACAGAGAAAGAACUCGCCGAGACCAAGACUCGGCUAGAUGAUCAUGAGACCUUGCAAACACAGCUCAAGACAAUUGAGCAGGAACUUGCCGAGGCCAGAGCUCAGCUCAGUGACCACGAUGCUCUGCAAACACAGCUCAAAGCGAUCGAGCAGGAACUUGCCGAGAGUAGGGCUCGAGGUGAUGACAAGGAGGCAACGCAAAUACAGCUCAAGGCGAUUGAGCAAGAACUUGCCGAAACUAAGGCUCAGGUCGCCGAGCAGGAAGCGUUGCAAACUCAGCUUAAGGCAACUGAAGAGGAGCUGGCCGAGAUCAAGGUCACGCUUGGCACCCAGGAAGCGAUACAGACCCAGCUCAAGGCGACGGAACAGGAGCUGGCCGAGACUAAGGCGGCUCAGGCCCUUGAGCAGGAGGCGUUGCAGGCGCAGCUCAGGACGACUGAACAGGAGUUAGCCGAGAGCAAGGCUCGGAUCAGCGAGCUCUCGACUGCUGUGUCAGACAUUGAAGCGCUCAAAGUCGCUGCCGAGCAAUCGCUGACUGCCAUUCGUACAGAGCUGGCUACUGCUGAGGCGACGCUCGCACGCGUCAGACAAGAAAGCGCAGACAAAGAAGCAGAUGUGGCCAAGGAGCUGGAAAAAGUCAAGCAAGAUCAUCACGCUCAGAUCCAAGAAAAGGAGACUGCGCAUGAAGCAGCUGUGAAGCAGCUUCAGUCAGACUCGGCGUCAGGUGUUAGUGCCGAAAAGCACGAUGCUCUUAAACAGGAGAAACUUCGUCUCGAAGAGAAGCUUGGCGAGAUGACUUUGCAGCACAAUCGAGAGCUCGAAGAAGAAUCGCAAAGGCAUGAUGAUGCAUAUCGCGAGCUUCAAGCGAGUUAUAGGCAGCUUCAGGAGAAUCAACAGCGCUCGGUUGAGCAAGAGAGCGAGAAAGUCGCACUUGUUCGCCGGGAUCUCCAGUCAAUCAUCAACACCCUGCGACAAGAGCAUGACCAAGCAAUGGCAGACCUGUACCGCAUCGAGGAACAGUCCAAACAGUCUGAGAUGGUGCGACAUGGUCUACAGAAGUCACUCGCAGAGUUCAAGGCUGAACACGAGAGGGCAAUGUCAGAAAUGGCAGAAGUACACGCUCAGAGAAUGCUGGAGGCAGAAGCUGCUCACAUGGCGAAGAUGAUUGAUGCGGAAGCAGCAGCGGCGACCAACAGGGAAGCAUCUCUGAAGGACCAGCAUGAACAAGCCCUGCGACGACUGAAUCAUGAACACAUGCAAAGAGUGCAAGACAUGGUCGAAGAGCAUGCAACUCGUGUAGCUCAAGUGGAGGCUGCAGCGAUCAGAGAAGCAGGGAUGGCAGCCGAAGAGCAAGCGCGGCAGCACCAGGAAGCCUUUGAGGCGCUGCAGAAACAGCAUGCAGCUGCGAUCGAAGAAGCCAGAGCUGCAGCUGAGCAACAGGCUCGUGAGCAUGAAGCCGCCAUUGCCGCCAUUCGGGCUGAACACGCGGAGACGACGCGACAACAAGGCAGCCCAGACCGCUCUGGCGUGGCGCAGGACCAACAACAUCCUGAUGUGCAUCCGUCUGCUCCGUCAUCCGAAGGCAGUGAAGAAGAAUGGGAUUCUUCAAGCAUUUCUCAUACCCCUUACGAAGCGCAUUGGACCCCUGCCCAGGAGAUCGAACGCCUCCAAGAGGACAACACGAAUCUACGACUCGCGCUUCAGAGCGCACGAGACGAUCUGGAGCUUGCGAAGCGGAACAACAUAGGAGCAGUAACAGCAUCUCACAUUGGCGAGCGUGAAGAGCCCUCGGACAACCCGUUCCGGUCUCCCACCACGACCGUCAAUGACGAAAGUUUCUCCCAGUUCAGUGACGGCAACACACUCGACGACGACGCCGUUCCCGUCAGCAAUCUUGAAGGCACAUUGGAAAGUCUUCGCAUCCAGACAGAGCAACUUCUCGAAAUCAAUGAGGACUUUAUUGCAGAGCAGCAUCGCUGGAGUAGCAGACUGGGCUUGGGAAUAGGCACCCGUGGUCCGCAGUUGGGAGCUGUGUCGUAGGAAUUUCAUAUGACAUUGGUAAUUGAGGUUGCAAUCAAUAGAGGUGACUGACUGGUCGCA